GUUUAUCACAAUUUGAAUGAUUUGAAGAAUAUUUCGCUUGAAUUAUUUUACGAAUCAUUUUGGGCUUUAGCGAGUGAGGUAUGGGCUGACGAUUUAAUGCAAUUGCAAUUCCAAAUGGGUAACGAGCGACGACAAAAAACUAAAUUUACCCGCAAAGAAAACAGAAAAUUUACCGGUAAACAAAAUGCAAGGAGGGUGGUCUACUUUUAAACCAAAUCAAUUCUGGUGCAUUUACAAUAAACUCGACAGAAUUCUCCACUAUAAUUUCAAUUUUCUGAUUUCAUGGUUUUCAAUUUUCUCUGAAAUUCACUGCAACCUAAAAAUCAAAUGGCGCCGGAAGGCCUUCUGGACUGGUACUGUAAGCCUGUGGAGAAUGGCAAGUGGGUGACGCUAGUGCCAAAUGCUUUGGGGGCUUACACGCCCUGUGCGACUGAAACUGUGGUGGUUGCUCUGUCGCAUUUGGUCCUCUGGUGCUUGAUAUGUUACAGAAUUUGGCUGAUUUGUAAAGAUUUCUCCGUCAAGAGGUUUUGUUUGCAGUCAAGCUUAUUUAACUAUGGAUUGGGGGCUCUUGCCGCCUAUAACACUGCAGAGCCGCUGUACAGGGCUGUUAUGGGAAUAUCUGUGGUUAAUUUGGACGGCCAGAGUUCUCUUGCGCCUUUUGAGGUUGUAACUUUGCUAGUCGAAAGUGUCACUUGGUGCACUAUGCUGGCUCUACUCUGCAGUGAAACUAAAGUUUAUAUAAGGGAGUUUCGCUGGUACAUCCGGUUUGGAGUCAUUUAUGUUCUUGUUGGAGAAGCUACGUUAUUCAAACUUAUCCUCACUCUAAAUGGUUACUAUGAGAGGUCCGUUCUAUAUUUGUAUAUCAGUGAGAUCAUAUGCCAGGUUGUAUUUUGCAUAUUGCUUCUAUUUUACAUUCCGAAGUUGAUCACUUAUCCAGGAUACAUUCCUAUUGAGAAUGGAGCUUUUACUGUAGCUUCUGCAGAGUAUGAACCUCUUUCAGCUGGGGAGAAUGUUUGCCCUGAGCGAUGUGUGAAUUUAUUUUCCAGAAUUUUUUUUAGCUGGAUGACACCCCUCAUGAGAGAAGGAUAUAAAAGGCCUAUAACAGAUAAGGAUGUUUGGCAGCUUGAUACAUGGGAUCAAACUGAGACUCUCUAUAACAACUUCCAGCGAUGUUGGGAAGAAGAAUGCACCAAGCCAAAACCAUGGCUAUUAAGAGCAUUGAACCGUAGUCUAGGAGCUCGGUUCUGGUUUGGAGGCAUGUUCAAGAUUGGAAAUGAUGCUACACAAUUUGUUGGCCCCAUUGUUUUGUCCCUUCUUUUGGAGUCAAUGCAGCGGGGAGAUCCUGCAUGGAUUGGCUACUUAUAUGCAGCAGUGAUCUUUCUAGGAGUGACCCUAGGUGUACUAUCUGAUGCACAGUACUCCCAAAAUGUCAUGCGUGUUGGCUUUCGCAUAAGGGCAACUUUGGUUGCUGCAAUAUUCCGGAAAACUUUGAGAUUAACACAUGAGGGACGGACAAAAUUUGCUUCUGGAAGAAUAACUAACAUGAUGACUCAAGAUGCUGAAGCUCUCAAGCAAGUUUGCCAACAGCUGCAUGGUCUUUGGUCAGCUCCUCUCCGGAUUGUGGUUUCAAUUACACUCUUGUACAAUCAACUUGGGGUAGCGUCCUUGAUUGGUGCAGUAAUAUUAGUGCUUCUGUUUCCAAUACAGACUUUUGUGAUAGGUAGGAUGAAGAAACUAUCGAAGGAAGGGUUGCAGCGCACAGACAGGAGGAUUGGUCUAAUGAAUGAAGUCUUGGCUGCAAUGGAGACAGUGAAAUGCUAUGCAUGGGAAAAUAGUUUUCAGCAAAAAGUCCAGCACAUUAGGAAUGAUGAGCUCAGCUGGUUCCGGAAGGCACAAUUACUGGGAGCGUGCAACAGUUUCAUUCUGAACAGUAUUCCAGUUCUUGUUACAAUUGUUGCUUUUGGAGUAUAUACUUUACUUGGUGGUGAACUGACACCUGCAAAAGCCUUUUCCUCUAUUUCCUUGUUUGCAGUGUUGAGGUUUCCCCUGUCCAUGUUUCCUAACUUGAUAACCCAGGUUGUUAAUGCUAAUGUGUCUCUGAAAAGGCUCGAGGAUCUCUUACUAGCAGAAGAAAGAAAGUUGCAACCAAAUCCACCCCUUCAAUCUGGGCUUCCUGCCAUAUCAAUUAAGAAUGGAACUUUCUCUUGGGACACAAAGGCCGAGAACCCUACACUUUCCAAUAUUAAUCUAGAUAUCCCAAUUGGGAAUCUUGUCGCUGUUGUUGGGGCUACCGGAGAGGGGAAGACCUCUUUGAUCUCAGCAAUGCUUGGAGAAAUACCAUCAACAGCAGAUACAGAGGCUCUUGUCAGAGGCACCGUUGCCUAUGUGCCACAAGUCUCAUGGAUCUUUAAUGCAACUGUCCGCGACAACAUUUUAUUUGGAUCUCCAUAUGAUUCAAUGCGUUAUGAAAGAGCAGUCCAUGUCAGCGCUUUGGAACAUGAUCUUCAGUUUUUACCUGGUGGUCAUCUCACAGAGAUUGGUGAAAGAGGAGUGAACAUUAGUGGUGGGCAGAAGCAAAGAGUUUCUAUUGCAAGGGCUGUAUAUUCUGCCACAGAUGUUUAUCUAUUUGAUGACCCUUUAAGUGCACUUGAUGCCCAUGUCGGCCGUCAGGUUUUUGAUGGAUGCAUUAAGGAUGAGUUAAGGGGAAAAACGCGUAUCUUGGUCACUAAUCAACUUCAUUUUCUUCCACAUGUGGACAAAAUUAUUUUGAUCCAAGAUGGGAUGAUCAAAGAGAAGGGAACAUAUGAAGAGCUAAUCAGACACGGGCCAUUAUUUCAGGCACUAAUGGAGAAUGCUGGAAAAAUGGAAAAUGAGAUAGAAGAAAGGACAACUAAUGGGGAUAAUGAACCAAAGGUUUUUACGUUUGAGGCCAAUGGUGAGCCAAUGAAGAGUGAGAAAAAUCAUUCUCUGAAGAAAACAAGCAGUACGAAAAAGGAGGACAAAUCAGUUCUCAUAAAACAGGAAGAGCGUGAAACAGGAAUCAUCAGUUUUAGUGUUCUUCAAAGAUAUAAAAAUGCACUAGGAGGCUUCUGGGUGGUUCUUAUUCUAUUUUCAUGUUAUGUGACAUCUGAAGUUUUGAGAGCAUCAAGGAGUACGUGGUUAAGUGUGUGGACAGAUCAAACUGCCACGAAGCACCAUAGACCCAGAUUUUAUAUUAUUGUUUAUGCCUGUAUAUCUUUUGGCCAGGUAAUGGUGACAUUGGUAAACUCAUUUUGGCUGAUUUUAUCUAGUCUUUAUGCUGCUCGAAGGUUGCAUAAUAGCAUGCUCACUUCCAUAUUAAGGGCUCCAAUGUCAUUUUUUCAUACCAAUCCAAUUGGACGAAUCAUUAACAGAUUUGCAAAAGACUUGGGGGACAUUGAUCGGAAUGUUGCCGUCACUUCAAAUAUGUUUUUGAGCCAAAUUUUCCAGCUUCUUUCAGCAUUUGUUUUGAUAGGGAUUGUGAGCACCAUAUCUCUGUGGGCAAUAAUGCCACUUCUGAUCAUCUUUUAUGCAGCAUACCUAUACUAUCAGAGUACAUCACGAGAGAUUAAACGCUUAGACUCCAUCUCCAGGUCUCCCGUUUAUGCACAAUUUGGUGAAGCAUUGAAUGGUUUAGUUGCAAUCCGUGCAUACAAAGCAUAUGAUCGAAUGGCAAAGAUAAAUGGAAAAGCAAUGGACAAUAAUAUUCGUUUUACACUGGUCAACAUGAGCUCCAAUCGGUGGCUUGGUAUUAGACUGCAGUCUUUGGGAGGUCUUAUGAUUUGGUUGACAGCAACAUUUGCUGUUUUACAAAAUCAACGGGCGGAUUCAGCUGCUUUUGCUCCAUUGAUGGGUCUACUUCUGUCAUAUACCUUGAAUAUUAGCAGCCUGUUGACAAAUACUUUACGGUUGGCAAGUCAGGCAGAAAAUAGCUUCAAUGCUGUGGAAAGGGUUGGAACCUAUGUAGAUUUGCCUUCUGAAGCCCCCCUUAUUAUUGAGAAUAACAGGCCACCACCGGGGUGGCCUUCAUCUGGGAUUAUUGAAUUUAAAAAUGUUGUCAUGAGGUAUCGUCAAAAUCUCCCUCCUGUUCUUCGUGGUAUAUCCUUCAGAAUAAUGUCAACUGAGAAAGUUGGAAUUGUUGGACGCACUGGUGCAGGAAAGUCCAGUAUGUUCAAUAGUUUGUUUCGGAUUGUUGAACUAGAAAGUGGAAAAAUUUUCAUUGAUGAGUGCGAUGUUUCUAACUAUGGGUUGACUGAUUUACGAAAAGCUCUAGGUAUUAUACCACAAUCACCAGUUCUAUUUUCAGGAACAGUACGGUUCAAUCUUGAUCCAUUUGGUGAACAUAAUGAUGCUGAUCUUUGGGAGGCUUUGGAGCGAGCAUAUCUAAAAGAUGUCAUCAGAAGAAAUUCUUUGGGACUUGAUGCAGAGGUUUCUGAGGCUGGAGAAAACUUCAGUAUGGGCCAGCGUCAGUUACUAAGUCUCGCUCGUGCCUUGCUUCGGAGAUCAAAGAUUUUAGUUCUUGAUGAAGCGACUGCAGCUGUGGAUGUUGGAACCGAUGCCCUUAUCCAAAAGACUAUCCGUGAAGAUUUCACGUCUUGUACAAUGCUUGUUAUUGCUCAUCGAAUUAACACAAUUAUUGAUUGUGACCGUAUACUUGUUCUUGAUGCAGGCCAGGUCCUGGAAUUUGACACUCCAAAGAAUUUACUUUCUGAUGAGGACAGUGCAUUUACUAAAAUGGUCUGCAGCACUGGAUCUGCUAAUGCACAAUAUUUACGGACCAUAGCUCUGGGAGGCAGAGACACAAGAGAGCAAUUUGAAAACAGAGCAUUUGAGAAUAAAAGGAAGUGGACAGCCUCUGCACGUUGGGCUGCUGCUGCUCAACUUGCUAUUUCUUUGAGUUUGACUUCUCCGCAGCAAAAUCUGCAAGCAAUAGCUGAAGGAAGUACUGACAACAACAUUCUUCAAGAGACAAGAAAUGCAACUCAGACCCUACAGGAUGUUUUGCAAGGAAAGCAUGACAGUGCAAUUGAAGUGGCACUGGUUCAACAUCAGGUGUCCAAGGAAAGUUGGUGGCUGGAACUAUUUAAAGUCAUCGAAGGCUUCUCUAUAAUGAGUCGACUUGCUCGAAACAGAUUUAAUGAAGAUGAGUUGGUAUCGGAAGAUAGGGACAUUGACUGGGGGAACUUGACAGUGUGAACUAUGCCUGAUGCAUUAGGCGUUUUCUGUAUUUUAGUGGAAAAGCUAUGGCAAGAUCAAUUAGGAAAGCUUGAUAUUUACCUUGCAUGAAGACAUCAUGAAGUUGCAUGGGUACACGUUAUUGGAAUUUAUCAUGCAUGCAAAGAAAUAAGUAAUUUAAAUUUGUACCAAAUGAAUAGAAUGAAUGAAAAAUAUGAAUGCUAAGACAAACAUUUGUUCAA